AUGGCCGACGUUACAGAAUCUGCGGGUGCCAACGACAAGCCGAUCCAGGUUAAACUUGUGUUGCUUGGCGAGUCUGCUGUUGGCAAAUCGUCGAUAGUCAUGCGAUUCGUCAAUGACGAGUUCCAGGCUAACAAAGAACCGACGAUUGGAGCCGCUUUUCUCACCCAAAAGUGCAGACUCGAGGAUCGUGUAUUGCGAUACGAAAUUUGGGACACUGCCGGCCAGGAGCGCUUCCAUUCACUCGCCCCUAUGUAUUACCGUAACGCGCAGGCUGCGGUCGUAGUCUAUGAUGUGACCAAGGAGGCUACGCUUGAAAAGGCAAAGACCUGGGUCAAGGAAUUGCAAAGACAGGCCAGUCCCAACAUCGUCAUUGCUCUUGCUGGCAACAAAGUCGACCUUGUAGCACCCGCAGUCCCCACCACCCCUGUCACCCCUGCAACAGGAGAUGAUGAAGAUGAGGCGGACGAUGCCACUGCUACCCCAGGAGAGGGCACUGGAGAAUCCGAGAAUUUAAGGAAAGUGCCAAAGGAUGAGGCUCAGGCGUAUGCUACCGAGGCCGGUUUGUUGUUCUUUGAGACUAGCGCCAAGACAGGCGAGGGCAUCGCGGAGAUAUUCACUGAGAUCGCCAAAAAGAUCCCCAUUGAACAUAUCUUAUCUAGCCGCGGACAAGGUGGAGCCAACCGUGGUACCGCGGGACAACGCUCAGACGGUGUGCAACUCGGCCAGGAUGUAGCCAAGGGAAAGGACGCAUGCAACUGCUAG